CUGGGGCUCUGGAGCCUGAUCCGUUCCUCCUCCUCCACCAGACCACCACCACCCUGUUCGCCUUGGGUUUUGGGAUCCCCAUCCCCUCGUCACCUCUUCUUCCUCCUCCCUCGCAGCACAGCACAGGUCGCAGCGCCGGCCUUACCAACAAAAUCCACUCCAAUUACCCCGCCGAUCUUUGUCCACCCCGCGCACCCCCAGGUAAGGUAGGGUUCCUCUCCCCCCCUUCACUCCUCUUCCUAAUUGUGAUCUGGAAAUGGAGCCGUCGGAUCUGAACACCCACCUGCCACCGCGGAAGCGGCUGCUGGCCGGGCUCCGGACGGCGGCCACCGCCUGCGACGCUGCCGAUCCCCUCCCCGCCUCCGGCGAUCUCGCCGCCCGCCUCCGCGAGAUGGCGCUCGCCGCCAACGCCUCGGGCUCCUCGCCCGAGGAAAUGAUCGAGGCUGCGAGGGCGGCUGCCGAAGCCGCUGCCGAUGCGGCCGAGGCCGCCCGUGCCGCCGCCGCCGAGAAGGCGGCCGUGGCCGCCAAGGCUAGGGCAGCUGCCCGGGCCGCUAUGGAGUUCCUCGACUCCUUUUCCAGGGCCGGCGGGUCCAGGAAUGGCCUCCAGUUCAAGCUCAAGUCGAGGAAGAAGCAUGUCCAGGUCAAGAUGCUGUACGGGCCCAAUGGAACCCUGGGGGAUGCUCCCAAACCCAGGAGGCGCAAGCAGUCCGACGAAGAGAUCGCACGCAAUUUGCACCGUGCCAUGAAUAGCUCGCCCAGGAUCUCUCACACUGGACCACCGCCCAAGAGGCCUCGUGGCACCACCCUUGGUGCCCUUGGUGAUAUCACCAACGGUGAGGGCGGCACCAGCAAUGCUUGCAAUGGUUCUUCAGUUCAUGCGCCAAUUGAGGCUAAUGGAUGCUCUGAGGGGAAAUCUAGUGAGACAACUGCUGUUCUUCCAUUGUUCAACCAUGAGGAUGGUGGCCAUGACCCAUCUAAGCACGCUGCCAAGAGUAGCGGCCAUGUUGCUGAUAACGGGGUUGGGGCUGCAAACUUGAGCGCCGCCCGGAAAGUGAAGAUCAGGAGGAAGGAACUCUUCCUGAACCAGCAGAAAAAUAAAGGAACAGAAGAGCCCAGAGAAACAGAACCUUCUGUACAAGUACAACCUAUAGGACAGGAUGAAUCAAAGUUGAAUGGAAAUGGAACAGAAAAGCAUGGGUGUCCAACAGAUGCAAAGGCCCCAGGUGAUGGCGUGGCGCCGAUGAAGAUUACAUCUGUAUGGAAGUUCAAGAAGUUAAAAACAUCACACUGUUCCUCUGAUAGCAAGGUGUUGCACAACGUGUGCUCCUCUCCUACAGCAGCCGAAACUUCAGCUUCGGUGAAAGCUGAUUAGCGAGGUACCAUAGCGUAUAGUUGGCAGAUGCUUGUCUUAGCAAUGCUUGUUGUGAGAUUUUUGUAUGUUGAAGUGGCUGUUCGGACGAAGAGGGAGAGGAGGUAAAUCUUUCUCGGUAGAUCUCGCCUUUGCUUUCAUUUUAAUACAAAUGUGCUUGUUUUAUGGUAUAUAGGUGACAGGGUAUUUCUACCGUAUUGUUUCUGUCCCGCUCUUCCCAUUUGAUGUCAUUGUUAGUAAUAGGGGGUGUGGCAAACCCAUUUACCUGUACCUGUUAUGCAUAUCAUCAUUCAAAUAAAUGGCAUGUUGUAAUCAAUGGUCUUCAGACACUGAACGUGUAGUAGCUGCUGCCUUCUCUGGGCAAAUGAUUC